ACAAAUAGGCUCCAUUGCUUUCUUGUACGAACAAGCAGCCAAGAAAGCUUGUCUUCUCUCGUUUGAGAAUUGAGAUUUGAGAUGGCCUCAAUGCAUUGCUACAAGCCUGCUCAGAAGAGCUACUACCAAGAACAGGAAGAGUUCUCCUACAGUGAGGAGGAGACAGCUAACUGGUCCCUCAAUGGCCGUAGGAGCCACCAUGGAGGCUUUCAAGGUUAUACCCAGAAGGAAAGCUACAUCGAGUCUGAUCGCAGCCAAUACUUAAACAAUGGAAUGAACAAGUCCCAUGCCCGGUAUGGUUAUGGGCAAGCCGAUUACCCAAAUGGCUGCAACGCCUAUGGCAACCAAUACUUCGGCUACGAGAAGGCAACAGCCAUAGCUGAGGGUGGUGAGGGCAUGGGCCAGGCUUAUGGGCACCACAAGGCAUCCCAUGGGAUGGUGAUUUACGAAGAGAAAACCAAAGUGAAGGGUAAGUUCAAGACAGGUCAGUUCGAGAGGAUCAACCUCAACAGGUCUGAUGAUAGCUGCAGUGACAGUGAGGAUGAGUGCGAUGAAGAGUAUCGUGGGAGGAGAAAGUAUCACUGCCGAUAAGCGGUGAUUCAGGAUCAAUGCUGCAUAUGAUCAAGAACUAAAUAGCAGUAUGAAAAUAAGCAUUUAUCAAUAAGCAACCUGGAGUUGAAUGGCAAGAGAAGAUUAUAUGCAGCUUCUGAAUAUGGUAUACCUUACAAUGUAAUGAAAAGUAAUACGGUGUGCUAGUUAAAUAAAAAAUGGUUAUCUUAAUUUAUUAAUAAUUGACAUGUGGAAAAUCCCUCCUUGUCUACUCUAUAUCCUUAAAUGUAUCCUACUUUGAUAUACACCCUACAUAAAGACCCUGGUUAGGCAGAGCAUACAUGCACAAAGAUAUAUUUACAACAGCAGACAGCCAAGAGAAAAUGAUGUGUAGAAAACACUGGCAGCAGGAUAUGGAUCAAUCCAAGGACAAAGGAUCUGAGUACCUAACAACAUCAGGGACACAAUAUAACGGGCAUAGCCUUGAUCAAAUCACAACACCAGUUGACUAGAUUAUUGCCAGAUUGCUAAUAGAAACAAACAAUAAGAUCAGACAAUUUCU